GUUGAUUUUGGCAAAGUUUUGAAACCUUUAACAGAUCAAGAAAAAAGAUGGCUGCUUGUGUAGAUGCAUACAGUACUGUGAGAAGUGACGAUGAGAAAAUAGUUGAUUCUGAUUCUAACAAUGGAGAUAUACAUAUAAAGACAUCUCUUUUUCAUGGGCCUGGAUGGUACGUACCAUCUGAACGGCACUGGGUAAACUACGACAAUUACUCCGCACUUCCAAGAAUGACGAACAGAGAUGCUAUAGAUUUCCAGUCAGAAAAAGAAUUCAUCAACUUCCUGAAAAAGCGUGACAUACCAAAUUAUAAGAAGAUCACUGCUUACUUUCCUUCUCAUCCUCCUUCUAUCAAGUCGCAAAUUUUUUGCCAGAUACCUUCCUUUCAAGCGAGAUUCAGGAGCCCUAAUGAAACUAACCCAAGUACUAUUCGGAGAGGUGUAGAUUAUUAUGAAUACUACCGAGAGAUACUUGAUGAAAUGAAGACAUCUGAUCGUAGAAAGUUGUUAUCUCCAGACAUUAUUGGUAACUCUUAUAUCAAACGUAGAAUGUUAUGAAUAAUGUGCUAAUCAUUUGAAUUAUCUGGUUCAAAAGAAUUACGUUAUAGUUGUUACUUUCAAACAAUGCAUAGAAUCAGAUGACAUCUGAAUUUAUUACUAUUCAGUUGAUUGUAAAGCCUUCAGUCUACACAUAAAUCAGUGAGAAAGCAAAUGCAAGUUGACGUAUCCAAGUCUAGGCGGGGGCUUUAUUUACAUAGAAAACCUAUUCUAUAUAUAUGCUUAUAUAUUAUAUAUACCUUUUAACUUGUAAUCAGUGUGCAAAAAUAUACUAAAUGUCGUUUUGUUUUCAUUAAAGAUAUACGACGACGUUCUUUCAAAAGAUAAAAUCUUUCAAAUGUUUUUAUAUGCAUUGUAUCAUUAUUUAGCCUACUAUAUUGUUCAUAAAAUUGAGUU